GUAUACAAUAUUAAUCAUUAUUGAACUUUUUGUUAUGGUCAAAAACGGCAAUGCCCCAUAUAAUAUGAUAGAAAUACACACUAUUACAAUUUAAUUUAAGAAACCGCCCAAUCCGGCUUCUAUGCACUAGUAAUACAUAGAUAGGACACAGUGGAGGGCAAAAGGACAUUGUAUCCGCUCCCCCAAUCGCCGUAGUUUCCCUCUGUUUUACACUAUGUUUAGCUCAUUUUGUAGCCAAUUUUUGUGUUUAUGACCCCCUCCCCCCCACACACACACACACAGACACAAAUUAAGCCCUGAAUCCGCCACUGGUAGGAUACAAAUAUUUUAAAGUAAUAUUUUUCAUAAAACCAAUGAUGAUAAUAUUAUUGGCAGUAUUAGCACAGUAGAACAGGUAAACCAACAGGCAAAUGGACAUUUUUCUCAUGGUAUCCUGCAGUAUUCUGAAGGUUAGGGUACCUUAAAAUGUAUGUUAGUGAAAACUAAAAAAUUCAUAAUGUACAUACAUACCUAAAUAAUAAUAAUAUUAUAAUAUUAUGCUUAUACAUAACAAAAAUUAGGCAGAUAAAAGAGCGUAACUAACUUCAAGACUUUAUGAGGUAAUUUGUUUCUAUAGAAACCACAUAACUAUGUACACAUAAACAUUAUACAAAGUGAAAUUGUACUGUAAAUAAAAUGUCUGAACCUAAAAGAGCACCAGUGGAUUUCUUCAUAAAAAUGCAUAGUGCAUUGGUGGCUAAAAACUAUAGUACUGCAUUGGAUUUCUGCAAAGCAAUUUUGAGCUUUGAACAGACAAAUGAGACAAUGAUGACAUUUCACGAACUACUUACAAAGAAAAUUAACAUGAUGGAUGAGGAAUCAGAUAGCACAGAUUCCAGCCGCAGUAAGUCUAGUUUGUCGGAAAGUGACAAUGAUCUGAUUUGAAAAAAUAACAAAUUAUGUAUUUAAAUCUAAUUAUAUUACACACACAAUUAAUUUAUUUACAAUUCAAUUAAAUAAAUAAAUCUGUAAAUAUUUUUCCAUUUCAACUAUUUAAAAACUUAAUAACUAAUUUAUGAAAUAAAUAUACUAAUUAUUUCAGGCUUUUAAUGAAAAUAUGACAUUACAUUUGUAUACAAAUAUUGUUUUGGACAAAUUAAGGAAUAUAAUUAACCAAAUUUGCAUGUCUUUUUAAAUGCUACAAGAAUGUUAGUGAGUCAUUAAAAGGAUAAAACUCACAAAACUUUUAAAAAAUAAAAAUUAUUUGAUUAAAAUAAUUUUUUUGCCCUCUUUCACAAAUUUGUAUUUAGUUUUUUAAUUUAAUUGGCAACAAAUCAUCCAUUAAAACAAAACCUUCAAAAUAUCCACACCCUGUACCGUGAAAAAAGGAGAACAAAAAUUAUUAUAAGCUUUACAUUAUAUUAAACACAUAAACAUAAAUGCACGUACACACACUCACUGGUACACACAUAUAUAAACAUAUCGGUAUUACACAUCAUAUAAAUGUAAUAGUUGUAAUAAAAUAAAGUCUGCAUUAUUUGAAAAAUAAAAAAAUUAAACACUCUUUAACAAUGUUUAAAAUAUAAAUGUAAAUACUUUACAAUUUUUUCUGUUUUUCUAUGUACAUUAUUUAUGUAGUUAAUCAUGUAAAAAAAUUAUGUGCAGAUUUAUUUUUGAAUGUAAACAACUAUUGUGUAUGAAGCAGCAGUCUUGGAGUUUGCUUUUAAUUGUACUAACUUAUAUAAAAUAUUUUGUAAGGAACAAAAAAAAAAAAAAAUUAUAAUAAUUUAAAUU